AUGUCGAAGCCAGGGGCUGAUCCUUCGCCACACCCGCCAAAAGAGCAGCUUCCUAAUGUUCACUACUGCAUAAGCAGCCAUCCUCCAUGGCCUGAAGCUAUCCUUCUGGGAUUCCAACAUUAUGUGGUCAUGCUCGGCACAACCGUCAUGAUUCCUUCGGCCCUUGUUCCUCAAAUGGGAGGAGGAAAUGAGGAGAAAGCAAAGGUUAUACAGACUUUGCUGUUUGUUUCUGGUCUAAAUACUCUGUUACAGUCAUGGUUCGGAACCCGUUUGCCUGUAGUGAUUGGAGGAUCUUACACCUUUGUGGCCCCCACAAUCUCGAUUAUCUUGUCCGGAAGAUGGAACGAUCCAGAUCCUAUAUCGAGGUUCAGGAAGAUAAUGAGGGCUAGCCAGGGUGCAUUAAUCGUUGGCUCGAUAAUUCAAAUGGUCUUAGGCUUUAGUGGGCUUUGGCGUAAUAUCGCAAGGUUUUACAGUCCUAUUUCAGUUGUUCCUUUGAUUGCCCUUUCGGGUUUCGGGCUCUAUGAACUCGGUUUUCCCGCUGUUGCUAAAUGUGUGGAGAUUGGAUUGCCUGAGCUCAUCCUCAUGGUUUUCUUUACUCAGUAUCUACCGCAAAUGAUAAAAUCGGGAAAGAUUGUCGUUGAACGGUUUGCAGUUAUUAUUACUGUGGGAAUUGUUUGGCUUUACGCACAUUUACUUACUAUGGGUGGAGCUUACAAUCGAGCAGCAGAUAAAACGCAAGCAAUGUGUAGAACUGAUCGAGCUGGGCUUAUCGAUGCUGCUCCUUGGAUAAGAAUACCAUAUCCUUUUCAAUGGGGAGCACCUUCGUUCGAUGCUGGCGAUGCAUUUGCCAUGAUGAUGACUUGUUUUGUUGCUCUUAUAGAGUCGACCGGUGCGUUUAUAGGCACAUCUCGACUUGCAAGUGCAACCAAUAUGCCACCUUCGAUCCUCAGUCGAGGCAUAGGCUGGCAGGGUGUCGCGAUCUUAUUGUCCGGGAUGUUUGGAACUGCGAACGGGUCAUCUGUAUCAAUCGAAAAUGCUGGCCUAAUCGGACAGACACGUGUGGGCAGCCGAAGGGUCGUGCAGAUAUCUGCUGCAUUCAUGAUCUUCUUUUCUAUUCUUGGGAAAUUCGGAGCAGUUUUUGCUUCGAUCCCAUCAUCAAUUAUGGGUGCAUUGUACUGUAUAUUCUUUGCCUAUCUCGGUGUUAGCGGUUUAAGCCUUCUCCAAUUCUGCCAACUCAACAGCUUUCGAAACAUGUUCAUUUUGGCACUCCCGAUUUUCUUGGGCCUUUCCGUGCCACAGUAUUUCAACGAGUACACGGCUGUUAAGGGAUAUGGCCCGGCCCACACUUCCGGUCGAUGGUUCAAUGACAUAGUUAAUGUCCCGUUUUCAUCAAAGGCAUUUGUGGCGGGUAUUUUGGCGUAUUUACUGGACAAUACAAUGGAGAAAAAAGAUGCACAGGUAAGGAAAGAUAGAGGAAAACACUGGUGGGAUAAGUUUAGCGCGUUUAAAACCGAUUCGAGAAGUGCAGAGUUCUAUUCGCUUCCGUUUAACCUCAACAAGUAUUUCCCGUCAGUGUGAAAAUUAUUUACCGUGUCGACUGAUUGAUUCUUGAUGAUUUAAGCUUUCUUUUUUUAUUUAGUUUUCUGCUUAUUUAUGUAGCUCUUGAGUAAGAUGAAUUUGCCUGCAUUUUAGAUCUUGUUGGACUUGAAAAUAUGUUGUUUUGGGGGCAGUAUGAAAAAUAUCAAAAUAUUUAACUAGCCUGACCAUUUGUAAUUCUUGCUGAUUUAAGCUUUGUUUUAUUGAGUUUUUCUGCUCAUUGUGUAGCUCUAAGUAAGAUGAGUUUUUCUGCUUAUUA